UUGUAUUGGCGCCGUGGUCAGCGCCUUCGCGGUUUAGAGGUUUUCUUUGCGUGAGCCAUUGGUAGAGCAGUCUCAGAUCCUCUCCUCCUCUCCGGUGCAACUUCUUUUCUCGAUAAUUCGCCGCCUGUGGAUCUGGAUUAUGAAGUUUGGGAAGAGAUACACUGAGUAUGUGGAGAAGGAAGGACACCUUCUCAAGGGGUGCUCGUGCGUGGAAUUCAAGCGCCACAAAAAGACUCUCAAGCAUUGCGUCCGCCAAGAGCUCCUCAAGGCGCCACCGGCCGGCGAUCCAUCGUCUGUCGCGUGCAAUGGCCCCAUCGCGUGUCCAGGUAAAGCUCACAUUCUCAUCGCGAUUGUGUUUUCUUUUGUUUUCUUUAUCACCAGUCUGCGAUGGGAAUUUUUUCCCCAAUUUGCUCAAGGAGAUUUCGGCCGUGGUGGGCUGUUUCAAAUCUUGCGCACAGCAGCUCCUGGAAUUCCACCUCUCUCCCAAGUUCCAGAGGAUGCUACUGCGCAUGAGGCACAACUUUGGCGGAGAUCAUGACACGAUGAUCCAUCAGGGAAGAAACUUGGUAAACUAUGCCUCGAUGAACGCCAUGGCCAUUCGCAAGAUACUAAAGAAGUAUGACAAGGUGCAUUGCUCAAUAGCAGGGCAAGCUUUUAAAACACGACUGCAAUCCAUGCACGCGGAGCUCCUCCAGUCCCCAUGGCUGAUCGAGCUAACUGCUCUCUACAUCAACCUCAAGGAUGAAAAGGAUGGUGAGAAAGGUGAAAAUGGCCUCAAGGUUAAGAAGGAUGGGAAAAAUGGCGAGAGUAGCGCGUGCAGUGGUGAGAACUUAUCCUCUCCCGAGGGACUGGCACACUGCUCUUGUGAAUGUGGCGAUUCCAAGGCUACUCUCCAGAGUACGCUCGUCGAUUCGCAAGCGUUUGAAGCGGAUCUUACAUGCUCGAUCUGUCUGGAAACACUGUUUGAUCCAGUGGCUCUGGGCUGCGGGCAUCUCUUUUGCAAUACCUGUGCAUGUUCUGCGGCCUCCAUUCCAACUAUUCAAGGCGUCAAGUCUGCCACCAAGGAGGCUAAGUGUCCGCUUUGUCGACAGCCCGGGGUGUACCUGAGCGCGGUUUUCCUGACGGAGCUGAACUUGAUGAUCAGAAACAGAUGCAUGGAUUAUUGGGACGAAAGACUGAAGAAAGAACGCGUGGAACGCGUCCAGCAAGUUAAGGAGCACUGGGAGAAUCAAAUGAAAAUGGUGCUCGGAAUGUAAAAGUCGCCUGGAAUAAGCUUUGUUUUCAGGAAACAAGUUCGUUUCAAAGCAUAACUCUUGCUAAUCUCUUGCUC